CCACAGGUUGGACAGCGGCUCCCCGUUCUGGAGGAUUCAGCUCGAUCAGGAUCUUCUGGACACCAUCAGCGCUAUAUACCCGGAGUGGUUUAAGGACUAUACUAACACCCGAGCCUCGACUUCCUCUUCGUCGAGCACUUCCGGUGGUCAGUUGAACACCGAGGGCAUCGUGGCCGCCGACGCCAGCGCCGGCCUUGAUCACAAGGUCGCCAAAGGUGAUUCCAAGUCGAAGUCGAAGGCCAAGAAGGCGGACAGCCUGAAGGACAAGGAGAGGGACAGGAAGGAAGCCAGACGCGAAUCCAAAGACGAGAGGGACGCUGGAAACGGUAAGAAAGGCACGAAGCCCUCGCCGCAGCAGGAUAAAGCGGCGGACGUGGCAGGAAGGAAGACCGCGGGUGUUCCAGGAUCGGGCGCAGAGAUGGCCGAGGGUAAUCAGUCGCCGCCGAAGGCGGAGGUCGACGACUCGCCGCUUCAACACGCCAUGGAUCGCAACAAGGAAUCGCUGAAGGUGAAGCUUAUGCUAAGGCGACCCAUCAAUCAGCUGGUUGCGCAAGGCAUCAUGCCGCCAUUGAAGACACCACCGGCGUUCCACGAGCAGCGCAAGCAGUUGGAACGGGCGAAAACCGGUGACCUGCUGAAGGCGAAGAUCCAGCAGAGACCAGGCCGGGAGGAGCUGGUUAGGCAGCAUAUCCUCGAGGAUGGGGGUCACGUGGAUCCAAGCCUGGCCGAGAGGCAACGGAUGUUGAAAAAGGCCAAGUUAGCCGACCAGCUGAACGACCAGCUCAGUCAUCGACCUGGUCCGCUCGAGCUCAUCCAGAAGAAUAUUCUCCACACGGAGGAGCCCAUUGAGAGGGCGGUCAAAGAGGGUCACAUUCCCUUCAAGGCUACCUGCGAGGGCCAGGUAACGAAGCCUCAGCAUCCGGACCACUACAUCACCUUCGAGGAUGAUUCCCAGAGUUCGGAAGGUGCACCCUCGCCGCAGCUGGAGUCCCGGUCGGACGUUCUCGAAACGGCGGCUGCCUCGGCGGGUAUAGUGACCGUCUCCCUUAGUAUUCCGACUACCGGAGGUGCCGUGGUGGUCUCGUCCACGUCGCCGGUGUUCCAACAGGCGUCGAACGAGUCGACGAUACAGACGUUCGCGGAGCUGUGCAAUACCGUGGUCGGUUCGCAGCAGCAGCAGCAGCAGCAGCAGCAACAGCAGCAACAGCAGCAGCAGCAACAGUCGCAACAGCAGGCCCAGCACAAUCAGCAGCAUGCUUCUACGCAGGCGAGUCAGACAAACGGUCCAUCGACGACCCUCCUUCCACUGGCGCCGGCGCCGAGUCCGAUGUCCUUGGGUUCGACCACGUCCAGCCUGAGUCCCCUUUCCAACAUCUCGAUAGCGUCGCCACCGGCACCACCGCCGGCCGCCAUCACCCCCAGGCCGCAGCCGAGCCCCAUAGCCGCUUCCACGUGUCAGAGGAGCGACGCGCCCGGCAAGGAUAAGAACAGGAAGAAGUCGAAGACCAAGAGCCAACCGAAGACUCGUACCAUCAAGUUUCACGAGUACAAAGGCCCGCCAAACGCUCAGAAGACCUCGGUGUCGUCCACCACUUCCGGCAUCGGCUCGGCACCGCCCGGCGAGACAAGCUACGAGCUUCUCCUCCAGCAGCAGCAGCUGUUCCUCCAAUGGCAGCUCGAAUGGCAGCAUAAGUAUCCUCAGAUCAUUCUACCGGCAGCACAAAAGCCAUUGUCUUUGAACAGUAGCGGCGCCAGUGACGCUGGCAGCAUCAGCGGAAGCAGCGUGAACGCGCCGAGUCCUGCGCCCUCGAAUUCCUCCAACAACCCCUCGGAACAGCCGCCCCUGAGGCCUUUGGGCAAACUGGAGGAUAUGAAAGUAAGUGAUCUCAAAGUGGAACUGAAACGUCGAAACUUGCCGGUCUCUGGCUCAAAGCCGCAAUUGAUCGAGAGAUUAAAGCCAUUCACGGAGUCGUCUAGCUGCAAUUCCACGUCUAGCUCGAAUGGGCCGCAUGUGACGCACAUGGGCCACAUAUUGAUGGACACCCCGGGGCCAGUCACGUCCGACGAGUCGAGCUCCCAUGCCAAAAGUCCUGGCUCCGCUGUCAAGGAUGAACCGAACAGUCCAAGGACAGACUCGCCGCAUGGUAGCGAGCACGAUGAUCCAUCGAGUCCUCCAGGGGAUGACAUAAUCAAAGAGCAGAGGAAACGAAUAAAAGAGUUGCAGCGCGAGUUACUCAAGUCUCAACAGCAGCUUCAACAGAUCCAUCAAACGCAACCGUCUACCGUUCAUGCCGAGAAGUUGGUGCUGCAGCAACACAUUCAGAACAAGAUGCAGCAACGGCAGCUGGCAGCGGUGCACGUGCAGCAGUUGCAGCAUCUGCAGCAGCAGCAGCAGCAGCAACAUCAGCAGCAGCAACAGCAACAGCAGCAGAAUCAACAGCAGUCCCAACAUCAGACCCAACAGCAGCAGCACGCUACGUUCCAACAACUGAACGCGAAAGCCAGCCUAGCCGCGUUUCUGCAGGCGCAGCCGAAUAACACUACUACCAUCCUGGACUCUUCGACCUUGACUGCGAUUAAUAAUAAGAAGAAUCAGACCAAGAACAGCGCGACUGUGCAGAUACCUACGGCGAUAGUUUUCAACCUGUCCAAGCCUACGAAACUGAACGGGUCGCUGAUAAGCGCCUGGAUGGCACAGGCUCAAGCGCAGCAACAGCAACAACAAGCUGUUAUCACAGAGGAUGGAAAGCCACCGCCACCGCAGUACGACGAGGCUGCAAAGCUUUUGAAGGUGAAGAUUGAGCCUGUUCAAAAGAGUCACAUCAAGAGUCAGGUGAUGGACGACGUGCUGGAGAUUCUGAUCAAGAAUGGCGAGUUACCACCUAGCGCUGCUCAGGAUCCGGCCACGCCAACGACUCCCAAUAGGCAACUCCAACAGAAUUUGGUGUUUACGGCGCCUGCGGAUAGUCAGACUCAUUCGUUGGUUUUUACCGCUGCUAGUCCAAUCAGUCCAAUCAGUCCGAUCAGUCCGAUCAGCCCAAUGGCGAUGGAGGUUUCCCAAAGCGAUUGCAUGAUUUCCCCGGCGCCAGCGCCAACGCCACCGCCUCCUUUGCCUUUGGCCACCUUUUCUAUUCAACUGCAAACCGCGUUACAACAGUUACAGCAGCAGGAAGAGAUUUCGUCCUUCAACACUGACUUGUUGACCUCCGAAGGCGACCUGGACACUGCGAUGCUUCUCAGCCCGCAGUCUAUUCAACAAACGUCACCCGAUCCUCAACCUCCUCAAGAAGUAACGUCAUCAGAUAACGCGAAUUUAGACCUUAAGGAACUUGAGUUGGACCUCGAGACUCUAGACACGAUGGAUUUCAGCCAAUUAGAGUGCGAUCUCGGAGUGAAGAUGGAAGCUCCGCAAGAAUUGAUGGAUAUCGGCGACAUGCCUAUGGAUAUGGAUGAUCCAGACUGGCUGGAUUCUCUGAUGCCACAGUCACCUCCGACUGCUUCGACGACGGUAUUGAAUCAUCAGCCAGCACCGCCGACGAGUUUGUCGAGUGGCACGGACAUCUAUGAUCCGUUGUUAGCUAGUAGCCAAGACCCGUUUGAUCUCUUCAACAUGGAAGACUCCGACUUCAAGAUGUCUUCUGAUCUACUAACCUGGGACAAAAUCGACUUCGCGAGCUAG